AUAUAUAUAUAUAUAUAUUUCGAUGUGGACCCUAAUGGAAGCCGUUUGUCUUUGAGAAGCUGGGAAUCUCUGCCCAGUGAAGGGAGACCCCCCCAAUUGUUUCCUGCGCCAAGAACUGUAAAGUGGUCAUUACAUCGCAUCUGUGAUGAACAGCAAGCAGUGAGUGUGAGGAAGUGUCAGAGGAUGCUCCUGAUCUGCGGAGCCCAGUGCUGAGGGAGGUCCACGGAGCCACCUGGUGCCCACCAUGUCUCACCACCAACACUAUCAACGAGGCCCCCACGGCCGCACCAUGAGCUCUGAGGAGAGGAGCUCCCCGCCAGUCAACAAGACCUCCACGCCAGUUCACAAGAGCGCCUCCUCCUCUUCCUCAUCCCAACGCGACAGCCGGCAGGAGGCAGACAGCUGGGAGAUCAUUGAGGGGCUGAAAAUUGGCCAAAGCAACGUCCAGAGGCCCGAUAAACAUGAGGGUUUUAUGUUGAAGAAGCGGAAAUGGCCCCUGAAAGGCUGGCACAAGCGUUUUUUUGUUCUGGACAACGGUAUCCUGAAGUACUCCAAGUCCCCCAUUGAUAUCCAGAAAGGCAAACUUCAUGGCAGCAUCGACGUCGGCCUAUCAGUCAUGUCCAUCAAGAAGAGAGCCCGUCGCAUCGACCUGGACACUGAGGAGCACAUCUAUCACCUAAAGGUCAAAUCUCAAGACAUCUUUGAUGCCUGGGUGUCCAAGUUGCGUCAUCACCGGCUUUACCGACAGAACGAGAUUGUGCGAUCUCCCCGGGAGGCCACCAUGCGAACGUUUCCUCCCCCAACUGCCGUGGAGUCCCCCCAACCUGCCUCGAGUGUGGUAUGUGACGCCAAGCAGGCCAAGCCAAGCAGCUUGCCGUGGCAGCCGGUGGCCCCCAGUAGCAACAGCAACAGCAGCCUGCCUGCCUCCUACAGUAACGGCCAGAGCAAGGUGGUUGCUUGGCUGCAGGAAUCAGAGGAGAUGGACAAGUGCGCAGAGGAGCUUGCACGAUGUCAGUCCAACCUGACAGAGCUGAGCCGGCUACUGCAGAGUUUGGAGAUUCUACAAAGGACACAGUCAGCGCCCAAUUUCAUAGAUAUGCAGACCAAUUGUGUAGAAAUGUCAAAGAAAGAAAAGCGCUUGAACAGAAGAUGGAGAACAAAAAGUGUCGGCAAAGACGCAAAAUUCCAGCUUCAGGUCCCUCUGUCUGCCAGCUUGUCCCCUGUCCGCCUCCACUCAUCCAACCCUAACCUGUGUGCCGAGCUGGUCGACUUUCAACCCCCCGUCUCCCGGCUGACAGACAGCGUAGAGUAUGCUAGUGACUAUAUUAAACUUCAAGAGGAAUUCUGCACCAUCGCCCAGAAAGUCCACUCUCUGCUGAAGUCGGCCUUCAACACAGUAGCCAUAGAGAAAGAAAAGAUCAAACAGAUUCUGUCUGACCAGGAGCACUUGGACCAAUCAGCCCAGAUCAACUCUCUCAGGAAGUCUCUGUCACAGGCCCUGUCCCAAAACGCAGAACUUCGAACCCGACUCAACCGCAUCCACUCUGAAUCUGUCCUGACUGAACAAGUUGUCAGUGUGAACAUCAUCUCCACGCCUGAUGAGGCUGGAGAACAGAUGGGGAUCCCUCUGACUCAGCAGGCCUCUAAUGAGAGCCGGCUCUCCAUGUCGGAGUCUGUUUCUGAGUUCUUUGAUGCCCAAGAAGUGCUUCUGUCAGCCAGCUCGUCGGAAAAUGAGGGCUCAGACGAUGAGUCAUAUGUCAGCGAUGUGAGCGAUAACAUUUCCGAGGACAACGCCAGUGUGACCGAUAACGUCUCCAGACAAAUGGCCAACGGAGACUUUGCUGGCAGUGCCUUCCGUAAUGGGCGGCGCAGCUGCCUGCCAGCGCCGUGUCCCGACACCAGCAACAUCAACCUCUGGAACAUCUUGAGAAACAACAUCGGCAAGGACUUGUCCAAAGUGUCCAUGCCUGUGGAGCUCAACGAGCCACUCAACACACUGCAGCGUAUGUGUGAAGAGCUGGAGUACAGCGAGCUGCUGGACAAAGCCGCUGAGACCGAGGAUCCCUUUGAACGCAUGGCUCUCGUUGCUGCUUUUGCUGUCUCAGGCUACUCAUCCACUUACUACAGAGCAGGAAGUAAGCCAUUCAACCCGCUACUCGGAGAGAGUUAUGAAUGUAUUCGGGAAGACAAAGGCUUCUGUUUUUUCUCUGAACAGGUGAGCCACCACCCUCCCAUCUCCGCCUGCCACUGUGAGUCCAAGAACUUCACCUUCUGGCAAGAUGUGAGAUGGAAAAACAAGUUCUGGGGAAAAUCGAUGGAGGUUUUACCGAUCGGGACCGUGAAUCUCACGAUUCCCAGGUUUGGAGAUCACUAUGAAUGGAACAAAGUCACCACCUGUGUGCACAACAUCCUCAGUGGACGACGGUGGAUCGAACACUACGGGGAGAUAACCAUCAGAAACAUAAAGAGCAGCGCUUGCCUCUGCAAACUUACCUUCGUCAAGGGAAACUACUGGAGUUCUAAUGUGAAUGAGGUUCAAGGAUUUGUAAUGGAUCAAGAAGGGAAAGUGAUCCACAGGCUUUUUGGAAAAUGGCAUGAGGGCCUUUACUGUGGUGUCCCACCUUCUGCCAAAUGCAUCUGGAGGCCAGGCUCCAUGCCCACAAACUAUGAGCUGUACUACGGCUUCACCAGGUUCGCUAUUGAACUGAAUGAGCUUUGCCCCGAGUUGAAAGAUGCUCUGCCCCGUACAGACGCCCGAUUCAGGCCCGAUCAAAGGCACCUGGAGGAGGGGAACUUGGAGAUGGCAUCCUCAGACAAGCAGCGCAUUGAGGACCUGCAGAGAGUCAGGAGGAGGUGGAACGAGGAGAACAACAUCAAACUGGAGCCACGCUUCUUCAAGAAAGUGGUUGAUGCCAAUCACAGGGAGAGGUGGGUCUCUAACAACACGUACUGGGAGCUCCGCAAAAACCCCGGCUUUAUCAAUAUGGAAUCUACAGUGAACCUGUGGUAGCACACGGAUUGCCAAUGUCCAUCAUAUCGUCCUCACAGACAAGACGGCCGUAACCUAUGCACAAUAAGGUGUUAAGAGAAACACGUUAACGAUGAAAUAUCCGUGUGCAGGGAUAUUAGCGACUGCAGAGCGGAGGGAUGGCCUGAUGCCAAGCGACCCUGUUGAGGUUCUGUGGCACUGCCACAUGGUCAUCCAUCCAUGGAAACAUCCUGUAGGAUCACCUUCAUUGUGCUUGUGGAAGCUGGGUUGUCAGGGCAACAAUCGUACCACUCCUAUGUAGAUCUUUCCUCAGCUUUUUUGACUUCUGAGUAUGUCCUUGCCUUAAAAAGACAUCCAUACAAGUCACACGAUUUAGCGCUUUUUCAUUGAGGCCAUUCGAUUUGUGACAGCAGUUUGGGUUAGACUAGUCUAUGAAGUAGACCUUUUGACGAUACCUAUGUGCAUGUUUAGAGAGCCGCAUUUAUUAUAUCAUCAAUUAUUGUAGAAAAAAGGUAUUUUUAUAAAAUAUCUUGGACUCAGAAUUUAGUGAAAUAGUAUGUGAAUUGGCAGAUUUUAUUUAUUUUUGCCAUUUAAUACGGUUGAGUCUGUGUGAUAGCAGUAUUCUCUCUCGGGAAACAACUCAUUUAAAAUUAAUCUCGAGUGCAGCAGAGGAAGUAUGGCGUCCAUACAUGGAAUUUUUAAUGAAUAUAAUCAAACAGCGGCUCUCAAAGCUUAUCAUGAUUUAAAAGCAGAAGUAGGUAUUAAAAUGUAAAUCUUAUUUGGGUUUUUGGGACACAUGAUGCAGGAGACACAUUUUUUUGUUUUUUUAUGGUCAACACAGAUCUGUCAUGGAGUCCAGUUUCUCCUCACAGUUGAGAUUCUGUGUAUAUAGAGGGACAACCUCAUGCGCCCACCACUGCCCCACUGUCUAAUUUUAAACAUUGUUACAUGAAACCAACUCUUCUGAAUCACACGGUUACAUAAAUACAGACAUAACUCCCUCCAUUUAUAGUAGGCACACCAUACUGUAUAACGUAUAACGGACUCGCUCAUAAAACUCAAAAAAGAAGGUGUAGUAGGUUGUACGGACUGUAAAGCCCUUGGAGACACUUUGAUCAACAUUUUGGGCUUUAUUUGGGGGUAUAAUAUUAAAUAAUUAAUAGACUUGACAGUGAAACAUAAGGAAAACAUAUUUCAUAUUUUGUUCUGUCAAAAAUAAUGACAAAACUAAAUACCAUCACAGUUAACCAAAGUAAUGUCUUAAAUUUACAUCCUUUUCUGACUAACUUAAAAUGAUAUAAAACAAAAAGAAAAAAUAUUACCAGCAACUGUUUGGUAUUUUAUUGUGAUCUAUUACCUACAUUAUGAAUCAUUCAUCAAAACAGGAAUAGAUUUUCUUUUGAUGAAAUAAUUGAUUAGUUAAUUAUGUUAGCACUCCCAUGACUCAUUCAGCCAAAACUAUACAGUUAGUCCAAUGUGACACACCAGAGCCACCUACAGGUUGUCCAAUGAAAAUGCAGUUUCAGGAUACUGUAGGUCAACAAUAUAAAUAUUUCCUUCAAUGUUAUAGAUGUUAAAAAAAGUGUGUACAGAAACAAUUAUACUGUUCAAGAAUCAAAAUGUGUUUGAUUCCCCAGAGACUUUACUGCUGUGACACGGGCUUCUGCAAAGCACCAGUUACCUAUUUGCAGUUUGUGUAUUUAUUGCAAAGCAGAUUAGCUUUAUUGUUUUAACUAGUGUCCCUCUUUUGUGUUACAGAGUAAGAAAAUAUAACACGGGGCCUCUGAUUGAAAUCAACCCCAACACACACAAGUAGUCACACAUUGUGUAUUUAAGUUGAUUCCUCUCGUUCAGGACCGCAUGGUGAGGACACCGAAGGAAGAAAAAAUAAAGUGAAUAUAAAUAUGUAGAAUGAAAACUAUGUGAAGCAAAUUCAUCUUGUGUGCACUGUUCAUAUGGUACUGUAGAUUACAAACCAAAAAGGUAGUACUGCUUUGCAUCCAUAUCUUUCUUUUCUUUUUUAAAUGUACUUACUGUGGUUUUAAUUAUUCCCGGUCACAAACUCGCGCUAAACACGCUAAAACUCGUCAGUUUCACUUGCUGUGCCUUAAUGCAUUUAUUAAUGCCUCACAAACACACUACUGAUAACAACCCCCAUGCCAAGAAGGUAUGCCAUUAACAAACUCUGCAACCAAAUACAUUUUCCAAAUUUCCAACUGCAUACAGAUGAUACAUUAUACUGAUAGCGUUGAGGGUUCAGCUGUGGACAAAAUGUCUUGUCUAAACUCUUAAAGGGAGACAUCUUUGACAUUAGAUGAAGAAGAAAAAAUGUUAGACUGUAAAAUGCUUGCAUUGUUAAAAGAUGUUCCGCACUGCUCUGCUACUCCAAACAUGCAACCAAUCCAUUUUUGGUGAUCAUUGUAAAUACAGCACAUUUAGAAGAUGGGUCACUAACUGCAAGAGCGGAUUCCUUUUUCCUCCUACAUCUGACCUACAUCCAGACUGAAUCACAGCAGUUGUGUGUGUGGAGGUAGGAGAAAUGCUUUAGAUAGUGUUUGGGAUCAUAGAGUCAGACUGUAGUGAAAAAAAAUAAUCAUGAAAACCUCUUCAUGCUUUCUUCAUCCACUGUUUGACCUGCAUGUCUAGACAAAUUUGCUUGCCAAUGAAUGUUGCAGAUGCCUUACAAACAAAAGGUUUUUGUUUUCUCAAUCGGACUUACAUGGUUUUUUGUUUCGUUUUGGACUGACAUUAUCAUGAAGCACUGUGUCAGCUCAGUUUCUUUCAAAUCUAUUUCCAGAUGGGUACCUUCUAAAGUGCAAUUUCAACAAAGUACAUAUCUUUCCAUGAACACUGUACACUGCUGCUACAUAGUGCUUGUUCUAAUAAAACUGUAAAACUCAA